CGCCAUUGCUGCUUUAAUAACACUUGCUGCCUUCAUUCUUAUACAUCUAGCUUUCAGCUGCUAACGACAAGCUUUAUAACUUGUAAUAUAACACGUUCUGUCUCAACAUGGGCGACACAUAACCUGCAAGAAAGUAGUAGCAGCGGUGGGCAGUGAGUUACAGGAAUAAUGGAUUCCUGGACCCCGAACCCUCGAGCCAAGCCGUUUAUCCCCCGCCAGCAACGCAGCCUUUACCUUACCUGGAAAUACAAACUUGCCAACAAACGGGCUCUCCGACGAAUUUGCCAGGGUGGUGCGGUCCUAUUCUUGUUCAUUACUGUAAUCGUGAACAUCAAACUCAUUCUGGAAACGAGGAGAGCAGCGAGCGAAGAGGAUCCUGCUCCAGAUUACGACGAUGCCUUGGCCAUCAUGGAAACGCCUCGAAGACCAGCCAGCGGACGCAAGGUGUUGGACAUCGAGGUGUACUCCAGUCGCUCAAAGGUGUAUGUUGCGGUGGACGGUACCACAGUAUUGGAGGACGAGAUGCGGGAACAGGGAAGAGGCAUACACGUCAUAGUGCUCAAUCAGGCUACCGGCCACGUAAUGGCUAAGCGAGUGUUCGACACCUACUCUCCCCAUGAGGAUGAAGCUAUGAUCCUCUUUCUCAACAUGGUCACUCGUGGCAGAGUCCUAAUCUUCACCAUCAAGGAUGAGGGAACUUUCCAUUUAAAAGAUGCUGCCAAGAACCUGUUGAAGGGACUGGGCAGUCAGGUCUCUGCUACUCUUAGCUGGAGAGACAUGUGGACUCUUGUUGUGAAAAAAGGAGGUCAGUUGUACGGGGAGAAGCACUCAAAAUCACCUGCUCUCUCCACCUGGGGAGAUCCUGUGCUGCUGAAGACAGAGGUUCAGCUCACAGCGGCUGAAGAGGCAGAGUGUCACUGGGCAGACACGGAGCUGAACCGAAGGAGGAAACUCUUCUGCAGUAAAGUGGAAGGUUACGGCAGCAUCUGCAGUUGCAAGGAUCCAGCACCAAUAGAGUUCAACCCAGAGCCGAUUCCCAACAAUAACGUCUACAACGUCCCAGUUGCCGUGAUCGCAGGGAACAGACCAAACUAUCUGUACAGAAUGCUGCGCUCCCUCCUGUCUUCCCAUGGCGUGAACCCACAAAUGAUCACCGUAUUUAUCGACGGUUACUAUGAGGAGCCCAUGGAUGUAGUGGAGCUGUUUGGUCUUAAAGGAGUUCAACACACACCCAUCAGUAUUAAAAAUGCCCGCGUGUCCCAGCACUACAAAGCCAGUUUGACUGCAACGUUCAAUCUCUAUCCGGAUGCAAACUUUGCCAUUGUCCUGGAAGAAGAUUUGGAUAUUUCCAUAGAUUUCUACAGUUUUCUCAGUCAGACCAUUCAUUUGCUUAAUGAAGAUGAGAGUAUUUAUUGCAUAUCAGCCUGGAAUGAUCAGGGCUAUGAGCACACAGCAGAGGACCCGUCACUGCUUUAUAGGGUGGAGAGUAUGCCAGGCCUGGGCUGGGUACUGAAAAAGAGCCUCUACAAGGAUGAACUAGAACCCAAGUGGCCCACACCUGAGAAGUUGUGGGACUGGGAUAUGUGGAUGCGCAUGCCAGAGCAGAGGAAGGGGAGAGAGUGUAUAAUUCCCGACGUCUCUCGCUCCUAUCACUUUGGCAUCGUCGGCCUCAACAUGAACGGUUACUUCCACGAAGUAUACUUUAAGAAGCAUAAGUUUAACACCGUCCCAAAUGUUCAGCUGAAAAAUGUUAAUAGCUUGAAAAAAGAUGCCUAUGAAGUAGAGAUCCAGAAUCUGCUACGUGAGGCUGAAGUUCUGGAUCACAGCAAGAACCCAUGUGAAGACUCGUUCAUCCCAGACACUGAAGGAAAGACCUACAUCAUGUUCAUAAAGAUGGAGCAGGAGACGGACACGAGCACCUGGACCGAACUGGCCAAGUGCCUGCAUGUGUGGGAUCUAGAUGUUCGCGGCUAUCACAGAGGCCUCUGGAGGCUCUUCAGGAAGAAAAACCAUGUCCUGGUUGUAGCCGUUCCGGUCUCUGCGUACUUCACUCGGAAACCUGCCCACGUUACCCCUAUUCACCUGGAGCCUCCACCUAAAGACGAGGCAGCCCCUGUGGAACAGAUCUAGAGCAGCUGCAGUUGAACAGGUCUCAUUAAACAAAGGGUCCCACUUGCACUAGGCCUGCACUGAAAGAACCUUCUGCCUUCAGGCCACAGCGUAAGCUGCUACAGCUGCUACCGCUUCUUCUACUGGAGCAUCCUCUGAUACUGAUGCUGUCUGUAUACGUGCAUUAUAUGAGCGAAUGAGGAAUAUGCAAAUGAGUAGAGUAGCUCUUCCAGACCCUCGAAUGAGUUCUGUAAUGGGAAAUAUGUGUGUUCUGUCAGGAACGGGAGAAAAUUUCAGCGUCGUUUUUUUGUUUUUUUCCCUGAAACACGCAUGUCAUUUGAUGAAGUAAUGGAUAAAAAGGGCUGUGUUACUUGUUAGAUAGAAUAGUUCUAAACAGGAAAAGUGGACAAGAUGUGAAUCCCGUUUUUAAACACUACUGAAUGCUUUUGGUUGUACUGUAUAUACAUUUUAACUUAUUUAUUUUCCAAGUAUCAAGCUAGUUGAGGUUGUUGCCAACACUUGGUGAGUGAGAGUGGUGUUUAUUGGGCUACAUGUAGCCUACAAUAGUCCUUCUGUGAUUAUGAUUACUUGACAUAAGUCAGUAAAAAUUCAUAAGCUCUUUUGUGGGAUUAGGCUGUUUGUUCAAACCCUGAUUGUGAAGUCAACAGGAAUCGGGAGACGUGUUAUGACACUAUCCAGAUUAAUGACUUUAUAGUUUUAUUCUUUAGUAUUUUUACAUUGCCCUGAUUAUUACACAUCAAAUAUCAAACAACUGAUACCGUAAACAACUAUAACACAAGUGUCGUCAUAUUGCCAAACUCAGAAUUAUGAGAUUUAUGCCAUGUUCCAUCAUCACCAUUAUGUCUCAAUUCUUCUGGUCAAAAAAUUGAAGAAGAAAAAAAAAAACAGUCUUUAUAAAAGGGCAUGUCUUAUGUAACCCUAUGAACACCACCCUGAAAUAAAAACAAAAUUACACAUAGAGUUUUGAAUAAAGAAAUGUUUUAUAGGCAUAUAUUUUUGCAACAAAAAAAAAAAUCAGAUUUUUUAUCAUGCAUUUCAGGUGAGUGUUUUAAUUUAUUAAUCACCUGUGAUUGAUUUACUGGUAGACAGAAUGUCUGGUACACAGCAUGGCCUGAGGUGGAGUUUUCUAGUUCAAGGCUGCAUCAAGAUGCCUUCAUCUAGCAGACUGGAUGGAGUAUUGGCAGGCUUUUGCAUUGAUGAUGUAGCCAUGGGCGUUUUUUUUUUACAGACUGAAGGAAAUCCAUGUAAGUCUGGUUUGCUAGAAAACAUCACCUCUACCUGAUCUUGAAUCGAACACGCUUCACAUAUUACAGUUUCGACAAGUUCAGCCAUCUGAACAUUUACAACACUCUACACUGAUGCACUCUAUUUCUUCAUACGUUUAUCUGUAUUGUGACAUUUGUUAUAUUAAUGGAAGUGACUUGUCUUACGAUGUUUUCUAUGACUGGUAUUUUAAAUGAUAAAUCAUUACGGUACAACUGGAAGUAUCGAAUUUACAGUUUGGUCUGUCAGUUAUUAAUAGUUUGCAUAAACUGCAAUAGGUUUGGAUUUGCCAUUUUAAACAGACUUAUUGGAAAUGAAUUUUGGAGUCCCCACUAGUCUUCGCGUCCUGUAAACAUGUCCCUGUUGAUUUUUCUAUACUUCUAAAUUUGGUUUUGUAUUUUGAUGGUGAUUUUUUUUGUUUGUUUUUUAAUAAAAUGAAAUAUUUGUAA